UUGAGCAUGUAGUCAUCAUAAGCAGUUUCCUUCAGUUGUGUUCUAGUUAGCAGCGAGAUUUUGAAACCAUUUACUGUACGCGACCUUUCUCUAGCCCAAAAUAUGUCGUGCAACCAUUAUGUCAUUCGAAAAAUGUUAAGCUAUUUCAGUGAGCCACUAUCACAGAGAAUAUAGCCCAACGAUUGUCGAGGGUGACAUUGUAACAGACUCUUCGGGAGAAAUAUAGCAAGCUUGUUACUUGUAGCAUCUAGCAGACGAUAUUCCAAAGCUCUCCAGUAAUCUAACAUUAUUGCGGUAUCGGAGGAUUCGAGCGACUUUGUUCAGCUUGACCUUGUUCGUUGGGUUGACAGCUUUUCCAUUGUGUGGAGCACACCGAUGUAGUCUCAGCCAUCAGCAGUUCGUAUCAGCGCUUUCUCUCGUAGACGGAGAAUUAUGCUCUCAGUUGGUAUUAUAUCCGCCUGCAAACGGGCUACUGCCUACUGGUUCAAAACACAACGAUCACUGAAGCGGAGCAGCGAGGCCUCGUGCAGAGAUGAAGACCCUGGAGGAGCCCCCAUAUCUGACGGUGGGCACGGAUGUGAGCGCCAAGUACAGAGGGGCUUUCUGUGAGGCAAAGAUCAAGACAGCCAAGCGACUGGUGAAAGCAAAGGUGACCUUCAAGCCAGACGCAUCAACCACAGAGGUUCACGAUGAACACAUCAGAGGACCUCUGAAGGUGGGUGCUGUGGUCGAGGUGAAAAACCAAGAUGGAGUUUACCAAGAGGCCACCAUCAACAAGCUGACUGAUGCUAGCUUGUACACAGUUGUGUUCGAUGACGGUGACGAGAAGACCCUGAGGCGCUCGUCGCUCUGCCUAAAAGGAGCACGUCACUUCGCAGAGAGCGAGACGCUGGACCGGCUCCCACUCACCAACCCAGAGCACUUUGGGACGCCCGUCAUCGGGAAGAAGAGCAACCGGGGCAGACGAUCCAAUCCCGUUCAAGAGGAGGAGUCGUCAUCUUCCUCCAGUGAGGAAGAGGAGGGUGACCAGCGGCAGAAUGAAGACCUGUUUGGCAAGGUGGUGUGUGUGGACGGGGUGGCCACAGGGGACAAAAAGAAGACGACGUCAUGGUACCCUGCCCUGGUCAUUUCUCCUGACUGCCAUGAAGAUGUAGCAUUGAAGAAGGACAGCAUUUUUGUUCGCUCCUUCAAGGAUGGAAAAUUCACCACGGUUUUACGGAAGGAUGUACGGGAACUGGACGGAGAGUCGGCGCCCAAAGCAGACGCAGCACUCAAAGCAGCUCUUGAUGCAGCCUGGGACUUUAAGCGAAACGGCGCCGUCCCAACCACCUGGAGGACGGAGGUGAAAGACGAGAGCUCCAGCAGUGAGGAAGACGAAGAGGAGGAGGAGGAGGAGCAAGACGAAGAUGGAAGUAGUGAAGAGGAAGAGGAGGAAGUGGAGCCCUUCCCAGAGGAGCGAGAGAGUUUCCUCCAGCAGCUGUACAAGUUUAUGGAGGAUCGAGGGACGCCCAUCAACAAGAGACCAGUCCUCGGCUACAGAAACCUCAAUCUCUUCAAGCUUUACCGACUCGUUAACAAACUUGGAGGUUUUGACAGCAUUGACAGCGGGUCUGUCUGGAAGCAGGUGUAUCAGGACCUGGGGAUUCCUGUACUCAACUCCGCUGCUGGCUACAAUGUGAAAUGUGCCUACAGGAAGUACUUGUACGGCUUUGAGGAGUACUGUACCUCCACGGCCAUCACCUUUCGGAUGGACCUCCCCCUGAAGCCCACAGAGAAACCAGGUGCAAAGGAAGAGGCAAAGGCUGAUGGUGGAGCAGGGGCAGGGAGCGUUACCCCAGCAACACACAUCCCCGGGGAGGAACUAAAGAUGGGCAAAGACGGAGAUUCCAGUGGCCCCCAGCCUGCCUUCAGGGAGGAGAGCGUGGAAACCAGUGGUCCAAACCAAAACACAGAGCGUGAAGACAACAACCACAGGACUGCUGCUAACGAUGACGACGAUGGUGACCACGGUGAUGAUGAUGAUGAUGAUGAUGACGAAGAAGAGAUGGAUUGUAAAGAGGAAGUCAGUCGCCAGCGCAAAACUGAGGAAGCAGAACAAGGAGAUGGCGUGAAGACGGAACCCUACGACGAAUCGGAAAACAAGGACCUAUCUGGGGCUGACAGCAGUCAGGAGGGGGAGGAGGGGGAGGAAUUUGAGUGUUACCCCCCUGGGAUGAAGGUGCAGGUGAGAUAUGGGCGAGGCCGCAGUCUGAAGACGUACGAAGCCACUGUCAAAGAGUCAGACCUGGAGGGGGGAGAGGUGCUCUACCUGGUUCACUACUGUGGCUGGAACGUCAGAUAUGACGAGUGGAUCAAAGCGGACAAGAUUGUGCGCCCAGCCAAUAAGAAUGUACCUAAAAUAAAGCAUCGUAAAAAAAUAAAGAACAAAGCAGAAAAAGAGAAAGACAGGAUAGAGAGACUCAGUGACAAAGAGGACCUGACGCCCUCUAAAAAUAACCGUGUCAACCGAUCCCCCAAACCAAAUGCCGGGAACGAUGUUUUCACUAAGAUGGAGGACUGUGAUGACAAAGGUAACCAGCAAAGUCCAGUCAAGUCCAGCGAAAUCAAAUCCAUUCUUAAUGGCCUUCAAGGUUCUGAGAGCUCAUCAGAUGACAGUGAGAGGGAGGAGGAGGACGAGGCCGAACAUGAUGGAGUUGAGGGUCCCGUCAGUCGAGGAAGUCACCGGAAAGGCAACUCCUCCGAGCACCCUCACGCACUUGAACGCUGGGAGGGAGGGCCCCCAUCGGACAGCUUUAAGGCUUCGCCAGCCACAGCCAAUGCCCAAGAGGCGAGCGGUCAGGAAGGACCUGAACCCGGCAAGCGCAGGCUGGCAUUCGAGCCCGAGGCGGAGAGUGGCCCACGCAAGAGGAAAGCUGAGGCCGCAGCGGUUACAGAUCGCACUCCAAAGAGUCAGGCCAAGAGCAAAUCCAGGAGCACUAGGUCUGGAGACUGGCUGCCCAGCAGCUCACCAAAAAAGCAAGAGGAGAGGACUUUAGGGAGCGGACAGGAGCAAGGAGAGGCCUCCAGCAGCAGCUCGGAGGACGAGGCCAGCGCUGCCACCGAGCCCACAGCCAAGGAGGAGCCGAGGGGGCAUCCGAAGACCAAAGGCUCCCCAGCCAAGAAGUACAACGGCCUGAAGGAGAAGUCAAAGGGCGGGCGGUCCUCUUCCUCUGCCUUCUGGGAGAUCCCUGACAAGAGAGCUAAGGUGGCGGCGAGCGGUGCGGAGGAGCGGCAAGCAGGCGGCUGCCGGACCAAAGGCCAGAAGGACGUGUGGUCCAGCAUCCAGGCCCAGUGGCCUAAGAAGACUCUCAAGGAGCUGUUCUCGGACUCUGACACGGAGGCGCAGAACUCUCCUCCGCCACCACCGCCGGCGGUCGGACCUCCCGAGGAGCCCCGAGCAGGCACAGACGGCGACGCCGACGGGGAACACAUGGAGGAGGACGAGCCGGCCGAGGAGGAGCCGAUCGAGGAGGACAAGAUGCAGGAGUACCCUACCAGCAGCGGCAGUGGGAGCAACUCCGUCAUCAACACACCACCCACCACACCCGAGUCCCCCACCUUGAGCAGCAGCGGCGUCGGUAGCGGUAGUGGCGGAGGAGGAGGAGUAGUAGGAGGAGGAGGAGUAGUAGGAGGAGGAGGAGGAGGAGGAGGAGGCACCACGGAGGCCCCUGGGCGGACGCCGGCCUGCAGUAGCCCCACGCCUCUUCCCCAGGCCCCCGCCACCCCGGCCUCUGGCUCCCCGGCAGCGGCUUCGCCGGCCGGGCCGAUGCUGGAGGAGCGCCGUGAAGGUCGUCUGGGCCGCAGCGAGUCGGACAGCAGCACGGUGGAGGUGGAGAGUCUGGGAGGGGAGCUGCAGGAGAUGACCCCCCAGGAGGAGAGGGCUGGUUCCCCCUCGAAGGCAUUUGAGACGAGCCUCUCCUGCAACAGCAACAGCACGUGCAGCCUGGACCUCAGUCACAGCAGCCAACAGGAGAGCGAGCAGAAAUCCAAAGCUUCAGCCGGUCAGAAACGACACAAAGAAUCCCAAGGUGGCGUAAUAUCAAAGAAACACAAGAGAAGCCACAAGAGCAUAGGCCUGCAUCCUAAGAAGAACCGAAAAGCAGCCCACAGUAGUGACAGUGAGGACCACUCGGUCAGCGAGAGUGCGUCAAAGUCUCCCACCGCCAAACCCAACACGUCGGACCUGAAGCCAGCCAUCUCUCCCAAGUGCCCCGGAAGGACCCCCCCGUCGGGACACAAGUACCACAAACACGGUGAUGGCGAGCACACACACCACCACCACCACCAUCGGGAGCACCAAGGCCGCGCCGCACGCGUUUAUAAGUGGAGUUUCCAGAUGUCUGAUCUAGAGAAGAUGACCAGCUUGGAAAAGAUAUCAUUCCUUCAGGAGAAGCUGCAAGACAUCCGGAAUCACUAUCUCUCUCUCAAGUCAGAGGUGGCGUCCAUCGACCGGAGACGAAAGCGUAUGAAGAAGAAGGAGCGAGAAACAGGUGCGGUGGCAGCCUCGUCAUCGUCCUCCUCCUCCUCUCCGUCCUCCAGCUCCCUGACGGCAGCCGUGAUGCUGACCCUGGCCGAGCCCACCGUCUCCAGCUCGGCCCAGAACUCUGGUGUGUCAGUGGAGUGCAGGUGACAGGAAGCGAGACGAUGGCGAGCGCUCUGAGCACGUAACCAGCACCCGGGGGCCUGCCCCUGCCUUUGCCCUUUCCCCGACAGGACAAACCAGGACAGACCCACACAAACCCACACAGACGCUGGGGGCACAAGAAACUGACCGGAAAUCAAGAUGAAAAAAAAAAAAAACCUGAACAAGCACUAUUUUCUAUCGACAACUGUUUCCUCGGCAAGCUAAUUGCACUUAAGUGCACUUUUAUUCAAAGGCAGACAUGUGGAGGGGAGAGCCAGGAGAGAAAAAAAAGUACAAAGCUGUUUUUGUUGUUGUUGUUAUUCAGAAAUUUUCUUUUUAAGCAAUAAUUAUGUCCAUUAAGUGUUUUUCUUUUCCUUAAAGUAAUUGGCUGGCCAGCACUUUCUACUGUGGGGCCUACAGAAUCAUAACUCAUCCAGAAGUUCAGUGCAGCAGCAGCACUCUUGAAGUAACAUAGAACAGCACUAUGUUUUUUAGUCACGUUAGCCUCUCCUCUUGUGUGUAAUGUAACGUAAUAUGCCCAACCACAUCCACAGAAAUCAGAACCAACAACAAAAAUGGGAUCUCCAUUGUUUUGAGAGCAGCUAAGCUCCAUUUCAGUAGCAGGGACCAUUAAAGAUUGAGUCACGUCAUCCAAUUGUUUGGGGAAGGCAAAAAGAAGGGAGGGCUUCAGAGGUGUGUAGCAGGGGGAUGAUUCACUGACAGCUAAUAAGUGGAUGAAUACUGAGCAAUGCUGUAGUGCCUUGUAGGUUCCUCUCUUUGGGCACUUUGAGGAAACAAUGCAAAGAGAGUUUGAAUGGUUUGGAUGACCUAUCAGUGAAGGGUCAUGUAUAUGGCCUUCAUAAAGCCUUUCUUAAGAGUUAAAUGGUGCUACUUGUAAAUAUUGACCAUGCCAUUACUACAGCUUGAACUAUAAUGUUCAUUUCUGUCACAAAAACUCUGAAUUACAAGUGUGUUACGAAUUGGAACAAUGCCUUAUGAAUGUCAGUUAACGUUUGGGUGUCAUUUAAAGCUUAGAUGAGCCUUAUGAAGACCUUAUACAGACUCCCCUCACCUAAUGUGCCGCCCUGUACCGAUUCUCUUCACCCUUCAGAUGAUUAAGACAUCUUUGUCUUGUUUACAAAAGACUGAAGUAACUGGGCAGGAGUGGUUAAUCAGGCCAGAGCCUGAAGAUGAUCAUAGAGUAAUAAGCAAAUCAACAUCCUUGGCAGCCAUUUUAAAUGUUUCUUACUACUGAAUAAUUACAUAGCCCCAGACAAAAGGGGCUCAACCAUAACGUGGCAGUAUUUAGAUGUGCAGUGACAGAGUUAUUAUUAGUAUUUGUCUCGAUUAGAUAAUUAUUAUCGAUUAGAAUCUGUUCAAUUCCACAUGUAGCCUUUUCUUUUGUGUCUUCCUCCCUUCUUUCCUUUCUUUCUUUUCUGUUGUCGCUUUUUGAACGUCUCACCCUCUGACACUCCAAGCCCACUGAAAAGCACUUCAUAAAACUGCACCAGAUUUUAUUGUUGUCAAAGGGAGUACUUUGUGGCCUGAUAUUCACAACAGUGGACAGAAUGAUAUGUAUGAUUGGAGCUCCUGAUUGCCAGGUCUGAUUGUUCUGACGAUAGAAAGUAUGUUGUGAUCCAUUGUGAUGUCUUUUGUAAUCCCUACUACACUCUGUUACCCUUAUUUUUCUUCUCUGCUUGAGUAGGAGGUAAUUGGAAAUGAUUCAGAAUAAUAGUCUAUCACUAUUGAGUGGAGAGGACCUGCCACAGCUCUUAGUAAGAUAACACCUCUCCCUGGAACCUUGUAAACCAAGAUUGGGUAAUUCAAAUUGUGGCGUUUUAUUAAAAUGGUUCACACUUCAAAGGCAUUGCCUUUCCUCCAAAAAAAAGACUACUCCGUAUAAAUAUGGUUUCCAAUUUCUGACCAAGAAAAGUGUUAUAAUGUUUAAGUGUGGAUUUAGAAUGAGGCAUAGGUAUGUGAAAGAUCACUGAAGAAAUCUCCAAUGUUCCCUUUGUAUAGACUCCCUGUUGUACCAUAGCCUGAAGGUCUGUUCCGUCUGGCACUUGUAUGUAACUGUAUGCCUUUGUUAUACAUUUGUAUAUUGAGAAGUGUGUUUUAAGUCAAGCUAUUUAAUAUCUUGUACCAUGUACUUUUCUGUACAGGCAGUUUUACUGUUUCAACUGUAGUUGCUGUGUACACUCUGAAGGUAAAAGCAUGUGUUUCUUUCUUUCUUCCUUUCUUUCUUUUCUUUAUUUCUUUCUUCCCCUCUUUGUCUAUCUUUAUUUCCUGCAUUAAUUUUGUUCGUUCCCUAAUGUGAGUUCCAUUUCAGUUCAUAUAUAAUAUGAACAGUUCGGUUCGUUUAUAGUUGUUCACAUUAUUUCAACAACACAUGCUUUCUGAGUUUCUGAUUUUUUUUCUUCUGUUAGAUUAGUUGUGCUUGUACUAGAUGCCUUUUGUGUUUUAUCGUGGUUUGAAAAGUAUUUUCAAAUAUGUACAUGGGUUGUAAAGUUUUAUGGAUCUUUGCAAAAAUGUGGUCUGACAGGAUGAGAGUGUGAGCGAAGAAGAAAGAGAAAAUGGUAAAGCUUAUAAGAAAGCUCUAUAGUAUUUAUUAGGCGCUGCAGACGAUGGACAUUGUGUAAUUUAUUGUACAAAUGUAAGCAAAAGGAAGCCUCUGUUUGAAAUAAAUGCCAUAGUUUGUGAACUUAAA